AACCCUGCGUUGGGGGGGGCACAGUGACUCAUUUGGGGGGGGCAUGGCCCGCGAAUGACCCCCCAUGACGCCGACCCUGUUUUGUCCAAUGAUUAUUAUUUCAGAUUUAUCGCAGUUGAGUUUCAGGAAGUUAAGUUGGAGCCAGGAUUUUAUUUCAGUGAUGCAGUUUGUCAGAAUGGAGUGGGUAGCAGUGGAGAUGACACAAUAACAAUAACAGACAACCGAACCCUCGAGGAACCCACUGAGGACAGAGGAGACAAACAGAUUAUAUUCUAUCUCAAUGGACAGGACCCUCCCUUCAGUCUCUUUCUGCUUCAGGAGGACAAAGAAGAGCAUAACCUCCGGUUGAAGCCAGCGUGCUGAGCAUUGCCAAGUUUAACAGCAUGGUGAGCCUCGCUGCCUUCUUCCCCUUCAAGUCGGCGCAGGGUGCUCUGGAGAACAUGAAUGCAAUUUCUGAAGGUGUGGUUCAUGGUGACCUGAAGUUGUUCCUAGAGACAAACCUGCCCCUCUGGGAAGAAGAAAGCCGUGUUGGGGGUUUCAGAUUCCAAGGUCGGAGCAUCUUUACAAGAAGAGUUUACUGUGUCCAUCCAGACUGGAGGGGUGGUGGCAGAGGUCUGCACUUCCACUCGCUGGUGAAGGGUCACACUGGCCUGGCUGCUUCCAAGGCACAGCUGGGUCUGGGCCACAGCUACUCCAGAUCUAAAGUUCAACAUCAACAGAGUGGACAACAUGAUCAUCCUGUCCAUUGCUCUGUUGGACCAGCUGGACAAGGACAUCAACACUUUCUCCAUGCCUGUCCGAAUGUCUCCGUCCAAAACCUUUGGAACGGCCACUAAGCCUUAUGAAAGGCUCCCACAAAUUAAGGUGAAGGUUCUGGCGGUGAAAGACACCACGAAAGUACAAAGGUGGGAGUUUGAUGGAG